AUGUUUCAACUCGAGAGCAUGAAUGGAUCAUUUAGGACUCAGCUGCUUAGAUUUGCCAGUGCCGUAUUUGUCGUACUUAUCACUACAUUCUUGAUAAAACUUUAUCGAGCGCGAAGCUUCAUUCGAGGACUUCAAAAGCAAGGUCUUCCUAUGCCCCCGCAUCACUGGUUACUUGGACACAUACCUCUCAGUGCAAGCAUCAUUGGCAACCUUCCUCCAUACGCCCAUGGCGUCUAUAUUGGAGACCAGAUUCGGCAAAGAUAUCCUCAUCUCGACAGCGCCUUUUACCUGGACAAUUGGCCCCUCGCUGCCCCAAUCCUCGUCGUACUCAAGCCGGAUAUGAUGUAUCAAUUGACUCAAGCAAAUCAAAUACCAAAAGACAAAGGCAUUCGUACUUUUCUGAAACCUUUGACCGGCGAGUCUGAUUUAGUUACUUUGGAAGGCGAUGCCUGGAAAUAUUGGAGAGCCAUAUUUAAUCCUGGAUUUAGUGCUAGUCAUGUGUCAACUCUUGUUCCUGGAAUGAUUGAAGAAAUUAAGAUAUUUAAAAGUCUGCUAAGAAAGUAUGCUGAGAAUGGCCAGAUGAUUUACCUUGAGGAGGCUAGUUUAAAUCUCACAAUAGAUAUUAUUGGCAGAGUUGCAAUCUUCCACAGUCAAACAACCUACAACGACAUGACAAUAGCCUUACGAAGGCAACUACUGUGGUGCACAACAGGCAUGAACAUUGAGCUCUUGGAGUAUAUAAAUAUCUUCCGUCCAUAUGUUCACGCAUACAACACAUACAGAAUGAACCGUUAUCUUUCACGAGAACUUAACAAACGCUACCGAAGUAUCAAAGGCAGCGAAAUAAACAGAAAAGACAAGUCAGUUGUAGAUCUAGCUUUGAAAGCGUAUCUUGCAGAAAAUCCUUCGGCAACCGGCAUUGAUAAAAGUUUCCAAGAUUUCGCCAUGGCGCAAAUAAAAUUAUUCAUUUUUGCCGGCCAUGACACUACCUCUGCUGGUGCCAUUUUCACCUAUCAUCUGCUCUCCCAACAUCCGGAGAUAUUGGCGAAGGUUCGGGCUGAGCAUACUGAGGUACUAGGGGCCAACAUUGCGGAUGCUGAGGCUGUCAUUGCUUCUAAACCACAACUCUUGAAUCAACUUACCUAUACUAUUGCUGUUAUUAAGGAGAGUCUCCGUAUAUACCCUACAGUUGCCGCCCUCCGCGAUGGCCAGCCAGACUUCCAUUUAGUUGGAGACAAUGGUCUUCGUUUACCAACCAACGGGACAAUAGUCUGGGGCGAUCACUAUGCUGCGCAUCACAAUCCCGCACACUGGCCUCGACCCGAAGAAUUUCUUCCAGAAAGAUGGAUUGUACCAGAAGGCCACGAGCUCUAUCCUCCGAAAAAUGGAUGGCGCCCAUUUGAGCGUGGUCCUCGAAAUUGUAUUGGUCAGGAAGUAGCCAUGACGGAAAUUAAACUUAUGCUCGCGUUGACGAUUCGAGAGUUUGAUUUUAAGGAUGCGUACGAGGAGUACGAUGUCAUGAAGGGCAAUCCGAAAGGGCUGAAUGUUAAUGGGCAAAGAGCAUAUAUGAUGCGCCGAGGAGGAGGGCACCCAGCAGACUAUUAUCCUUGCAAAGUAGCUUCUGCAAGGUAG